CAGAAUCAUAUCAUCCAAGUAUACAGUGUGGAAUUUUGUUCCAAAAAACUUAUUUGAGCAGUUCAGAAGAGUAGCCAACUUUUAUUUUCUCAUUAUAUUUUUGGUUCAGCUCAUGAUAGAUACCCCUACCAGUCCUAUUACCAGUGGAUUGCCAUUAUUCUUUGUCAUAACUGUGACAGCCAUAAAACAGGGUUAUGAGGAUUGGCUACGACAUAAAGCAGACAAUGAAGUCAACGGUGCUCCAGUUUAUGUUGUUCGAAGUGGUGGCCUUGUGAAAACUAGAUCUAAAAACAUUCGGGUGGGGGACAUUGUCAGAGUAGCCAAAGAUGAGACUUUUCCUGUUGACCUGGUGCUUCUGUCGUCUGAUCGAGUGGACGGUUCAUGCCAUGUCACCACUGCAAGUUUGGAUGGAGAGACCAAUCUUAAGACACACGUUGCGGUCCCAGAAACAGCAGUGCUGCAGUCUGUUGCCAACCUGGACAAACUGGUAGCUGUUAUAGAAUGUCAGCAACCAGAAGCAGAUCUGUACAGAUUUGUUGGAAGAAUAACUGUAAGUCAACAAGCUGAAGAAAUAGUACGACCUCUUGGGCCUGAAAGUCUCUUACUUCGUGGAGCAAGAUUAAAAAACACUAAAGAAAUAUUUGGUGUUGCAGUGUAUACAGGUAUGGAGACAAAGAUGGCAUUAAAUUACAAGAGUAAAUCUCAGAAACGGUCAGCAGUAGAAAAGUCCAUGAAUUCCUUUUUGAUUAUUUAUCUAAUAAUCCUCCUCUUUGAAGCCAUUCUGAGCACUAUUUUAAAGUAUGCAUGGCAAGCUGAAGAGAAAUGGGAUGAACCCUGGUACAAUGAAAAAACAGAGCACGAAAGAAAUAGCAGUAAGAUCCUGAGAUUUAUUUCGGAUUUUCUGGCCUUUCUGGUACUUUACAAUUUUAUUAUACCUAUUUCACUCUAUGUGACUGUCGAGAUGCAAAAAUUUCUUGGAUCUUUUUUUAUUGGCUGGGAUCUUGACCUCUAUCAUGAAGAAACAAAUCAGAGAGCGCAAGUAAAUACUUCAGACCUCAAUGAGGAAUUGGGACAGGUAGAGUAUGUGUUUACAGACAAAACUGGUACAUUAACUGAAAAUGAGAUGCAGUUUCGGGAGUGCUCCAUUAAUGGCAUAAAGUACCAAGAGGUCAAUGGUAAACUAACUCCAGAAGGAUUUUCUGAAGAUUCUCCAGAUGGAAAUAGGCAUGGUUUGGUGAAAGAGGAAGAACUGUUCUUGAAGGCAGUUUGUCUUUGUCAUACAGUGCAGAUCAAUGCAGAUCAGACAGAUGGUGCUGACGGUCCCUGGCAUGCCAAUGGAAUAACGUCCCCGUUGGAGUAUUAUGCUUCUUCACCAGAUGAGAAAGCUUUAGUUGAAGCUGCAAGCCGGGUUGGAGUAGUAUUUACUGGAAUUAGUGGAGACAGUAUGGAAGUAAAAAGCCUUGGAAAACCAGAGAGGUACAAAUUGCUUCAUGUGUUGGAGUUUGAUCCAAAUCGCAGACGAAUGAGUGUCAUUGUGGAGAGUCCCUCAGGGGAAAAGCUUUUAUUCACAAAAGGAGCAGAAUCUUCCAUUCUUCCUCGUAGUAAGAGUGGAGAAAUAGACAAAACAAGGAUACAUGUGGAUGAAUUUGCUUUGAAAGGACUAAGAACUUUGUGCGUAGCCUACAGAAGAUUCACACCUGAGGAGUAUCAAGAAAUUGGCAAACGCCUUCAUGAGGCCAGGACUGCCUUACAACAACGGGAGGAAAGAUUAGCAGAUGUGUUCAACUUCAUAGAAAGGGAUCUGGAAUUACUUGGGGCUACGGGAGUAGAAGACAAACUGCAGGAGAAAGUCCAAGAAACUAUAGAAGCCCUCAGGUUGGCUGGUAUCAAAGUGUGGGUGCUCACUGGAGACAAGCACGAGACAGCUGUUAGUGUCAGUUUGUCCUGUGGACACUUCCACAGAACCAUGAACAUCCUUGAGCUUGUGCAGCACAAGUCAGACAGUACCUGUGCAGAACAACUGAGGCAGCUUGCCAAGAGAAUAAAGGAAGACCAUGUUAUCCAACAUGGACUGGUUGUGGAUGGGACCAGCCUCUCUCUUGCACUCAGGGAACACGAAAAACUGUUCAUGGAAGUUUGCAAAAACUGUUCUGCAGUGUUGUGCUGUCGCAUGGCACCCCUUCAGAAAGCAAAGGUAGUGCGACUGUUAAAAACGUCUCCAGAGAAACCCAUAACAUUAGCAAUAGGUGAUGGUGCUAAUGAUGUGAGCAUGAUACAAGAAGCACAUGUUGGCAUAGGAAUCAUGGGCAAGGAAGGAAGACAAGCUGUAAGGAACAGUGACUAUGCAAUAGCUCGGUUUAAAUUCCUCUCCAAGUUGCUUUUUGUUCAUGGGCACUUUUACUAUAUUAGAAUAGCAACCCUUGUACAGUACUUUUUUUAUAAGAAUGUGUGCUUUAUUACACCACAAUUUUUAUAUCAGUUCUUCUGUUUGUUUUCACAACAAACGCUCUAUGACAGUGUAUACCUGACUUUGUACAAUAUUUGUUUCACUUCCCUGCCUGUCCUCAUAUACAGUCUUUUUGAGCAGCAUGUGCAUCCGCAUGUAUUGCAGAGUAAACCCGUGCUCUACAGAGACAUCAGUAAAAAUGCCCAUCUGGGGUUUAAACCAUUUCUUUACUGGACCAUCUUGGGCUUCUUUCAUGCAUUUGUUUUCUUUUAUGGCUCGUAUCUUCUAAUGGGAGAAGACACUUCUCUGCUGGGAAAUGGCCAGAUGUUUGGAAACUGGACAUUUGGUACUUUGGUCUUCACCGUUAUGGUUAUAACUGUCACAAUGAAGAUGGCACUAGAAACUCACUUCUGGACAUGGAUAAACCAUUUUGUUACUUGGGGAUCCAUUGUAUUUUAUUUCAUAUUCUCCUUGUUUUAUGGGGGAAUUAUCUGGCCAUUUUUACAUACCCAGGACAUGUACUUUGUAUUUGUUCAACUGUUGUCAAGUGGUUCUGCUUGGUUUGCCAUAAUCCUCAUAGUAGUUGCUUGUUUGUUUAUUGAUGUUGUGAAGAAAGUGCUGUACAGACAUCUGCAACCAACAAGUACUGAAAAAGCUCAGAUGUACUCCAACAGAGUUGCUUUAAGUGACGAGUUCAUCGCACUGCAGCCAUUGUCCAGGGCAAGGAAUCAGCUGAGCAAAAUUAGCUUACUGAGGCAGGUUCAGGUAUCAACUGCUUGGACUCCAUGUGCUGCUUCUCAGAUGGGGAAACAGCAUGCACAUCUGUUAGAAGAAUGCUGGAACGACUAAUGGGAAGAUGUAGCCCAACCCGGGUCAACAGUGUUUGUAAGGUUACCGAAGAAACAUGCAUUUAAACAAUUAAGGAGGAACUUAAGAAUCCAUCUGUCUGCCAAGGUAUAUUUUUCUAUUUGCAGUAAAUCUAAGUCAGUAAUGUCUCAUUCAGAACAUAGACAUGGUUUGCCUUAGACCAGAUUUUUUGGUGUGACAAAUACUUUGGAUGGAAGAAGUGACUGGGGUUUUGUGUUGAUGUCACAAAGCUUUUAAAAAACACUUUUAUUCAAGGAAGAAAGACUUUGUGUAUUUCUUUGACAGCUGAAGUGUAGGAAACCAUUCACUGUGCAUUGGGCACAGUGCAGAAUCCUUCGUUAGAAGCCAGAACAAAAUCCAGCUAAUUCAGUGUAACACUGGCAUUCGUCCCUGAGACAGAGCGGGAACGGGUGGAGGACAAUUUGCCACAAGGAGGAAAUAUCUUAUUAUUCUCUCUUAGCCUCGAAAUCCAUAAAAGCCUGUAGGUAGGAGUUUGUAGUUCAAAGGAAGAGUGGUGUACACUCGCUUUACUAUGCGGUGUCUCUGAAGAAGCACCUUGUCCACAGCCCCUCCCAAAUGCGAUUGCAGCAGGUCAGUUCUCGUUCUGGAAAAACAGGGUUUGGUUUUGUUACUUAGGAAAACAUAAUUUUAGUUGCCAAGCUUAAGCUUUUAAAAGGAUGCAGUGGAAAAGACUUCAGUGGAAAGAUGUUCUGAAUUGUUUCACAAACUAAAAUGUAAAUAUUCUGCUUAAGAAUAUUCUUUAUAUCUUUUAAGGUUACAGGUAGGGGAGGGGGAACAAAAACUGCAAAGGAAGAACCCUGAAAACUUUGGCUUUAUAUUUUCAGUGACUUAUUGUUUUCAAGUGCAAAAGGUGAUUUGAGAAAAGCUCAUGCAAUUUAGAAUGCAUAUUAGGCACCUACAAUGUCUUACUGAAAACCUUUGCUAGUACUUUCAAACGUUUUUAUGACAGUGUAACUUCUAUAUUGGAAUAAAAUAUCAUUUUCUAGUGUUAGAAGUGUCUCAAAGCUGUAGUCUAAAUCAUUUUUCAUAGUUUGAUACUUCUGUACUUCUAAGGAGUUGUGAUUUUGGUGAAGUUCAGUGUUAAAGUGCUCAAGCAUAAUGUGCUUCUGAACCAUUUAUUUUUGAGCUAUUUUGGGAUUCUCAUUUUUUUGGUGUAGAAUCCCUAAUAACUUGCCAUCAUUGCUGGACUCACCACUGCCUUGUUUGUUACACAGAUGUCCCUGCUUACAGUUGUUCCUAGAACUGGGCAAACCACUCACUAGGGACUAAUUUUAGCCUUUAUUCUGCUCCUAAAUUAGUUCCCAACUAGACUCUCUUCUUUGCAGAUCUGGGUUGGGGGUUUUUUUGCAAACAUUUUUACUGUUGGUUGUUUUGUACGUUCUUUGCUUCUGUUGUUUGCUUCCAGCGGCAUGAUUUGUCUGGGUUCUGCUCUCUGGGAAUGACUCAGUUUGUAACAGGAGGAGGGAAGAACGGGAUGCUCGUGGCUCUAUCAGCUCUUGCCAUCAGUCGUCUUAGAAGCGCAUUUGCAUCGGUAUUUGCGAGGCUUCUGCUUGCAGUAGAUUUUUUUUCCUUCAGCUAAAUCCUGCUCCCAGAGGCAUCAGGACUGUCUGAGUGGAGAGCCCGUGUGCUGCUGGUUGAAGGGAUGUUCCUGUCGCUCCCUGGCUGCGGCUGUGCUGCCCUCAGUCCAUCCCGUCAUCGCUGCGGAGGGGCCGCGGUGGUUCCCGGGCUGUAAAUGCACAGAUGGGAGCGGAGGGGCCCUGGGCUGUGCCUGGAACGUGAUGAAAUAAAUGUGCUGCUGUUUGUGGCACAGAGUGUGACUUGUCUGAAAGAAACCCUGGCCUGGCCUGGGGGGUGGAAUAAUUUUUCCUCAGCAGGUUUAAAGGAAAUUACUUCAUCCAUCAGCAGGUUCUCAACCUUUUUACGUUUUGAGAACGGGCUGGAAGAUAAUCUCUGGGGCAUAUAUAGAAAGGGGAAAACGGUUAAAAAUGAGGCUCACCUUGCUGCAGGAGUAUCUUAUUUAUAUCUCAAAGAAUAGAUUUUACAAUUCCUAGUUGCAGUCCCAUGAGAGAUUUCGGAUCCUAUGCAUACAAAAACAACAGAUCAUCUUGUCUCCUGUUUUUUCACUGAAGCGUGAUCAAGUUCUGCUUUUCCGAAGGAAAAAAAAAAACUGGAAUGAUAAAAUCUCUGCAAGAAGUACUAUUUGAAAGAUGUUGAUCCUUAAUUUUAGGCAAAUAAGGGGCAUUGCCAACUGGAAACUAGCAAUAAUUAGUACAAAGAAUUUUGGACCUCUGACACUGUGGCUGCCUCAUGUUGGUUUUGCUCCUCUGACAGCGAGGCUGUGUGCUUGCUCCUUGUACAGCUUGGUCAGUAGAAGUUGUUUUGAAAAUGGUUUAUGAAAAUUAUAUUUAUUAAAUAAAACUGUCACUUCUAGCUGA